CCAAAUUUACCCGUCCCUUUCCCCUCCCACCUUCCCCACAGUCGCAGCAACAGAUGUGGGAAGCGCCCUUGGGCUGUCGUCCUCUCUGAAACAUCAAGUCUAGAGAAGGGGUUGAAGCCCAAGGCGGUGCUCGGAGAGUCCACAAAGAGCAGGAUCCGCAAUGGUGCCCUUGCUAGCAGUGUGGCUAGCCUGGGCGCUGCUGGGAGUGGCAGGAGCUUGCCCAGAGCCGUGCGCUUGCGUAGACAAGUACGCGCACCAGUUCGCCGACUGCGCCUACAAGGACCUUCGCGAGGUGCCCGAAGGACUGCCGACCAACGUGACUACGCUUAGUCUGUCAGCCAACAAGAUCACCGUGCUGCGGCGUGGGGCCUUCGCCAACGUCACGCAGGUCACGUCGCUGUGGCUGGCGCACAAUGAGGUGCGCACUGUGGAGCGGGGCGCAUUGGCGGUGCUGAGCCAGCUCAAGAACCUCGACUUGAGCCACAACCUUAUAUCCAGCUUUCCAUGGAGCGACCUGCGUAACCUGAGCGCGCUGCAGCUUCUCAAAAUGAACCAUAACCGCUUGGGCUCGCUUCCCCGGGACGCGCUCCGUGCGCUGCCGGACUUGCGCUCCCUGCGCAUCAACAACAACCGGCUGCGUACACUGGCUCCCGGCACCUUCGAUGCGCUAAGUGCACUGUCACAUCUGCAACUGUAUCACAACCCCUUCCAUUGCGGUUGCAGCCUAAUGUGGCUGCAGGCCUGGGCCGAGAGCACCCGAGUCUCCCUACCAGAGAUCGACUCCAUCGCGUGCGCGACGCCAACCGCGCUGCAGGGGGUUCCUGUGCGCCGCUUGCCGGUCCUGUCCUGUGCACCACCCAGUGUGCAUCUGAGUGCCGAGCCGCCCAUCGAGGCGCCCGGCAGCGCCCUGCGCGCUGGCAUGGCGCUCAAGCUACACUGCGCCGCCGAAGGACACCCCACGCCCCGCCUACAGUGGCAACUUCAGAUCCCGGGUGGCACCGUAGUCUUAGAACAGCGGGUUUCGAGUGAGGAGGACUACGGGGGCGGGAUGGAAGACGGAGAGGAGGAAUUAGAUGGGGAUGGGCUGACGCGGACGGAGGCCCCAACCCCGUCUCCAGCACCGGCUUGGCCCGCGCCUCCAGCCACCCCACGCUUCCUGGCGCUCACAAACGGCUCCCUGUUGGUGCCCCUCCUGAGUGCCAAGGAGGCAGGCGUCUAUACGUGCCAUGCCCACAACGAGCUGGGAACCAACUCCACGUCAGUACGCGUGGUGGUGGCGGCUGCCGGGCCCCCAAAGCAUGUUCCUGGCGCCGGGGGAGACCCGGAUGUGCAGGCCCCGACCUCUGAGCGCAAGUCCACAGCUAAAGCUCGGGGCAACAGCGUCCUACCCUCCAAGCCUGAGGGCAAAAUCAAAGGUCAGGGCCCAGCCCGGGGUAGCGUCUUUGGGGAGACGGAGGCGGGGCCGGAGGAGGAGGUCAGGGAGGGAGAGGAGGCGGAAGACCAGAUGGAGGAGCAGCGCUGUGGUCACGGGGACCCCUCGCGGUAUGUGUCCAAUCACGCGUUCAACCAGAGCGCCGACCUCAAGCCCCACGUCUUUGAGCUGGGCAUUAUCGCGCUCGACGUGGCGGAGCGAGAAGCGCGGGUGCAGCUGACGCCGCUGGCGGCGCGCUGGGGCCCAAGGCCUGGCGGGGCUGGGGAAGUUGGGUGGUCUGGGCAGCGGCCCCUGCGCCGGCUCUAUCUGUGCCCGGCGGGGGGCGGUGCAGCAGUUCAGUGGUCGCGCGUGGAGGAGGGCAUCAACGCCUACUGGUUCCGCGGCCUGCGGCCUGGCACCAACUACUCCGUGUGCCUGGCGCAGGCCGGCCAGGCCUGCCAUGUGCAAGUGGUGUUCGCUACCAAGAAGGAGUUGCCCUCCCUGCUGGUUAUCGUGGCGGUGAGCGUGUUCCUCUUGGUACUGGCCACCGUGCCCCUGCUGGGCGCUGCCUGCUGCCAUCUGCUGGCCAAACACCCGGGGAAGCCCUACCGUCUGAUCCUGCGGCCGCAGGUCCCCGACCCCAUGGAGAAGCGCAUCGCCGCCGACUUCGACCCGCGUGCCUCCUACCUCGAGUCGGAGAAAAGCUACGCAGCAGGCGGCGAGGCGGGCGGUGUAGAGCCGGAGGAGGCUCCCCGGGAGGGCCUUGAUGAAGACGCGGAGCCGGGGGACUCAGGUGGGGGCUUGCAGAGGGAGGAGAGCCUGGCCGCCUGCUCGUUGGUGGAGUCCCAGUCCAAAGCCAACCAAGAGGAGUUCGAGGUGGGCUCUGAAUACAGUGACCGGCUGCCACUGGGUGCUGAGGCAGUCAGCAUCGCCCAGGAAAUUAACGGAAACUACAGGCAGACGGCGGGCUGAACCCCGGCCCGCGCUGCCCUCCCAGUCUCAUCCCCCACCUUGGGUGCCUGGGAGCAGACACCUAGGGCUGGCAGUAUUUA